GUGGCCCAGCAGCAGCUGCGGCCGUACAUCAAGAACUCCCUGCAAGAUGCCGUCCUCCGACUCCCUAGCUACGUUGUGACUUUCCUUCGCGGCCGCGUACGACCAGACCAGAUCAUCGGUAUGCGCGACUCGUACGUCAACGCCUUACUCAUCCAGAGUCGAGGUACUGCCGCUGACCCUCCGUGCAACGCUUGCCAGGAGAAGAUGAUACUGGAUGCCGAUGGCUACGCCAACCCUUUCCCUACUUGCGUACGACUCCCCGGCCAUUUUGGCAGCAGCUGUGGGAAUUGCAAGUGGCGGGACCAUGCUGCUCGCUGCUCCAGACGCGAU